GAGCGGCGAGAGGCUCCUCCCUCGGCUCCCGCCUUCAUCCUGCCCAAGUGACAGUAGCCGGAGGGUUGCGGGGGGAAGGAGGGAGCUACCCCGCUCUCCUCCGCCCCGCCGCAUCCAGGCCGGGCAGGGCGGGAAGCGGGCCGACCGCGAGCGGUUUCCAGGGAAAAGGGCGCCCCAGGUCCGCACGUGGCGGGGCCGGGAGAGGCGGCGGCGCGGGGUUAAUUGGCGCGGGCAGGAGUUGGGAUGCCACGGUGUCCUCGACUUGUGAGUCCCGGAGUGUCCCGGGCGGGAUAAGGGCGACUGCUCGUAGUCCAGCGAGGCGCUUCAUCCCCACCACGGGAAGCCGCUAUGGCAGGGGUGACUGGCAGGAAGUGUUCCGUGAGGUGGAACCUCCCCUCGGGCGAUGCUUGAAGAUGGACACACUUUAUUUGACUACAACGUUGGACUAAAUGACAUAGUUCAGCUUUUGAUACGUUCUGAUUCUGAAGCUCCUACCACUGCAUCUGUGACAGAUCAGGAUGGAGAAGUCAAUCCCUGUGCUGUUUCCAACUGCAAGAACAAGGUCAAAAAAACAAACAGUGGAUCACCCAGUCAGCCAUCUACAUCAUCUCGCUCGUUUCUCAUUGAUCCUGGCAUUGGAUUGUACAAGAUAAAUGAAUUGGUGGAUGCCCGUGAUAUCAACAUUGGAGCCUGGUUUGAAGCUCAUAUAGAAAAUGUUACCCGAGCAGCAAAGGGACAUAAGAAUGGUAAAGCUCAAGGGAAGAGUGGUAGCACUUACAAAAGGACUAAUGGAAACUUAAAUCAAGAUCAUUCUAGAGAAAAUGCAAAUAGUUUGGACAGUACACCUUCCACAUCUUAUUCAGACUGUAUGGACACUGAUGAAGAAGCUAUUUAUCAUAUCAAGUACGAUGAGUACCCAGAAAAUGGCAUAAUAGAAAUGGACACAGUUAAUCUUCGACCCCGAGCAAGAACCAUUCUGAAGUGGAGUGAGCUAAAAGUGGGUGAUGUGGUGAUGGUUAACUACAAUGUUGAGACACCAGAAGAAAGAGGAUUUUGGUUUGAUGCAGAAAUUACCUCUUUGAGAGAAAUCUCAAGGACUAACAAAGAGGUUCAUGCUAAAAUUCUGCUGGGAGGUCCAGAAGACACAAUAAAUGAUUGUAAAAUCCUUUUUAUAGAGGAAAUGUACAAGAUUGAAAAGCCAGGAGCCUAUCCAUUGACAUUUGGGGAUGGAGAUUUCAAAAGAAAAAGUGGCCCUGAAUGCAAGCACUGUAGGGCUGAUCCAGAUAAGGAGUGCCGGUUUUGUUCGUGUUACUUGUGUGGUGGCAAACAGGAUGCUCACAUGCAACUCCUGUGUGAUGAGUGUAAUAUGGCUUAUCAUAUAUACUGCCUGAACCCUCCUUUAAGCAAGAUACCAGAAGAUGAAGACUGGUAUUGUCCUUCCUGCAAAAAUGAUUCUAAUGAAGUUGUAAAGGCUGGAGAAAAACUCAAACAGAGUAAAAAGAAAGCAAAGAUGCCAUCUGCCAGUACUGAAAGCCAGAGAGACUGGGGAAAGGGCAUGGCUUGUGUUGGUCGCACUAAGGAAUGCACUAUUGUUCCUUCAAAUCAUUAUGGGCCUAUACCUGGUGUUCCUGUUGGGACAACCUGGAAAUUCAGAGUUCAGGUGAGUGAAGCAGGUGUUCACAGACCUCAUGUUGGUGGAAUCCAUGGACGCAGUAAUGAUGGAGCUUAUUCACUCGUACUAGCUGGGGGAUUUGAAGAUGAAGUGACCCUUAAACCAAAGGAUAAUCUUCUUGCACAGGAUCGAGGAGAUGAGUUCACUUACACUGGGAGUGGAGGUAGAGAUCUUUCUGGCAAUAAAAGAAUUGGAGAACAUUCAUUUGAUCAGACAUUAACACACAUGAAUCGGGCUUUGGCCCUUAACUGUGAUGCCCCAUUGGAUGAUAAAAAUGGAGCAGAGUCAAAGAAUUGGAGAGCUGGUAAACCAGUCAGGGUAGUGCGCAGCUCAAAAGGACGGCGGAUCAGCAAAUAUGCCCCAGAGGAAGGCAACAGAUAUGAUGGCAUUUACAAGGUGGUGAAAUACUGGCCAGAAAUUGGAAAAUGUGGAUUUUUAGUUUGGCGCUAUCUUCUGAGGAGAGAUGAUGUUGAGCCAGCACCUUGGACUUCUGAAGGAAUGGAGCGGUCAAAAAAGCUCGGUCUAAGUGUACAGUAUCCAGAAGGUUAUUUGGAAGCCAUGGCUAGUAAAGAGAAGAAAGAUAAGGUUAAAAAGCAAACUGCGAAACAAGAGCCAACCAGCCAAAGUAAUGGAAACCAGAAAAGGACUAUUGAUGAUGCAGGUACAGAGGAACCUACAAAUACACCCAAAGCCAUGAGGAUGGGGGAUGGAGGGAAAGGAGAAGCUUUCCAGCUGACCCAAGAGCAGCAAUGGCUGAUCAGAGAAGACUGCAUGAACCAGAAGCUGUGGGAUGAAGUACUUGCUUCUCUUAAGGAAGGACCAAAUUUUCUGAAGAAACUGGAACAAUCCUUUAUGUGUGUCUGCUGCCAGGAGUUGGUUUACCAGCCAGUGACAACAGAGUGCCUCCACAACGUCUGUAAAAGUUGUUUACAGCGCUCCUUCAGAGCCGAAGUGUUCACCUGCCCUGCCUGCCGCUAUGACCUGGGGAAGGGCUACGUCAUGGCUCCCAACAAGAUCCUGCAGACACUACUGGACCAGUUCUUUCCGGGUUACAGUAAAGGGCGAUGAUAUGCUCAGUUCCUCCUGUACUUCUCCCAGUGACUUUAUAGACAGUAAAGGGGAAUAAACAUGGGAAUUCAGCAGUGGACCAGCCGGCUUGAUGGGACUCAAUAUAUUGUCACUUUUUGAAGCACCUAACCCUCUUACCCUCAUAGCCAUUUCUUGGUGUUGUGAGAACUCUAAUUCUCAGCUGUCUUUUAACAUCAAGGGUAGUUUUGGCCAGUUAACUAACAGUUUUUAAAGAAGGAAAAAAAAAAAAAGAGAAAAAUAAAAGCCUCAGCUCUUACUGGCCUAGCUGAUGCUUAAUUUAUGAUUUGUUUUUUUGUGACUACCUCAGGACAGAGGAAAGUAAAUUGUGUCAAACAAUGAAACAAUGUUGGGGAUAAAAAAUAGUUAGUGAUGUUUUAGCUACACACUGCCUCCUAAAUAUUAGUUGUGCCUGGUCCAUGUGGUUUGAUUUACAAUAAAAAAGAACCCAAUAACAAAAUGCAAACCAAAAGAAAAAUCCACGAAAAACCAGGAAAAAUAAAUAGAUUCAGCACUUAAGCCAUUUGGAUUAAACAGCAAAUUCUGUGGUGUGCAUAA